AUGAUGUCUAAACCUAACAAUGGUCAGCACCACGCUCCUAAAUCCACAUAUCAUGAAUUUACAUGUACUUCUGAUAAAAAUGAGCAAUUAAGAUGUGCUGCUUUGGAACAAAGUAACGCUCCAAUACGGCAAGCUACACCAGAUGGAACACUAGGAUUUUCAGGGUUGGGGCGUAAUACGGCAACUGAUGAUGAGAUUAUGCGAUUUUCACAUGAGAACGCUAGACAGUCUUCUGAUAGAAAUCAAGAACAACAAAGUGAUAAACUCAACCAUGAACGUACUGAUCGUCGCUCCUCAGCAGGUCCGGGUGAGUCCGUGGAUCGAGCUGCAUCUGGGAUGCGUGAUACAUCUCGUCGUGAGCGUAAACAAUCCAGAGGGAGUACCUUUAGAUCUCGCGGAGGACAUAAGCAGCAAGAACGACGUCCACCACAACAAUAA